AUGUUUCCUAACACCAUUCAUCCAAAUCAGACACGGUCGGAUACGGCCCGAGAGUAUCUUCUUGACCAGGAUGAUCGGCCCAAUUUGCGAAUUCUCAUGGGCCAGCAGGUUGGCAAAGUGUUGCUCAAUAACAAGAUGACCCCUCCCUUGGCCACCGGCGUCCAGUUUGGCACGGAUGGCGCUAGAUAUGAAGUCCAUGUCAACCGAGAAGUGCUUCUGGCAGCUGGUGCACUCGUCUCACCUCUGAUUCUGGAGAACUCGGGGAUAGGCUUGUCAAGCGUGCUCGCCACAGCGGGUGUUCCCCAAGUCGUCGACCUCCCCGUGGGACUCAAUUUGCAAGACCAGACCAAAACAACCACGUUAACUAGGGGGCUAUUAGAUUCCCAGCUGGAUCAGUGGGUUGACGAUGUCAUUUCCGGUGGUGGGUUUAGCAAUCGCACAGCCCUGAAAGCACAGCUGGAGCUCUAUCGAACAUGGCUCCUCGAAGACAAGGUUGCAUACGCAGAGCUUUUGCUGGACGUGAGCGAAAACGACAUGAGCUUUGGAAUCUGGGUGCUCCUGCCGUUUACCCGGGGUUAUGUGCAUAUCGUGGAUCACGAUCCAUACCUCUGGCGUGUUGUGAGGAAUCCUCGGUACAUGGAAAAUGACCUCGAUCGUUAUGCCCAAGGGGCAUCCACAUUGUUGGCGCGUAACGUCGCCCGUGCCGAGGCCAUGCAGCAGUAUGUCGGGGAAGAAGUCCUGCCCGGCUUGUUUGAUGUUCCCCUUAAUGCGACCAUGGACGAUUGGGUCACGUAUGUUGCGCAGAACUUUCAGCCUAACUUUCAUCCGGUGGGGACAUGUUCAAUGAUGUCAAAGGAACUGGGAGGCGUUGUGGACCCUGCUGGUCGGGUGUAUGGAGUGCAGAAGCUUCGUGUUAUUGACGCCUCCAUUGUUCCAACGCAAGUCUCUGCCCAUCUGUCUGCCCUGUUGUAUGGGGUGGCCGAAAAGCUUGCGGGCCACAUUCUCAGGGACCACUAUGGUCAGUAA